CCAAAGAUUGAGUUAGGCGAAAAGAAAAAUCGUAAAAUAUGCGCAUUUCGCAAACCAAAGAAAAAAAUGACACAAUUUGACUUUCAACCCGGUAGCUUAUAGAGGUCGACCCGACAGGUGUGUGCGGCCCGUUUUUCUCACCGGGUCAGGGUCAAAGUGGGUCGACCCGCGGAUUGACAACCUUGGUCCACGCGCUUGCACUCUUUAUAGCGCUUCCCUUAACGGACUCUAGCCUCCAGCCGAAUCCCUUGAUGCAAAAAGCCCAACUGAGAAGGGCUGAAUUGACAGAACCAUUCAGUGGGUAGGCCCAACUAAACAAUAAGUAGGUCCAUGAAGCCCAAAUUACAUGUCCAGCCUUUAUUUCGUUUUUCCUCCUCUUUUCUUGGUUCUGUGCCUCUGCUGCUCGCUGGUAGCUGUCUCUCAAAAAAGCUCCGGCGACGAGGAAUAUGACGGCAAUGGCGAUCUUCCGUUCGAGGACAUGGCUCUCGAGAAGUUUCUCGAGUCUUUCUUCUCAUCCCCUUCGCGUCUGUGUGGUCGGCAGCGGACCUGCCGGCAUGUACACCGCCGAGAAAAUGCUGAAGGCGCACCAGGGGGCUGAAGUUGAUAUCAUCGAUCGUCUGCCGACGCCUUUUGGAUUAGUCCGGUCAGGAGUUGCCCCCGAUCAUCCAGAAACCAAGAUUGUGACGAAUCAGUUCUCGAGGGUCGCGCAAAAUGACAGGUGCUCGUUCUUUGGGAACGUUACUCUUGGGUCCUCCAUUUCGCUCUCGGAGCUGAGGAACUUGUAUGAUGUGGUUGUUCUUGCAUAUGGUGCUGAAAGUGACAGAGCUUUGGGUAUUCCAGGAGAAGAUCUUUCUGGGAUAUACUCAGCCAGAGAAUUUGUCUGGUGGUACAACGGGCACCCAGAUUGCAGAAACUUGAGUCCUGAUUUGAAGAAUACCGAUACGGCUGUUAUACUGGGCCAGGGGAAUGUAGCUCUUGACGUUGCUCGUAUCCUUCUACGCCCAACAGAAGAACUGGCAACAACUGACAUUGCCUGCCAUGCUUUGGCUGCUUUGGAGCAGAGCUCUAUCAGGAAAGUCUAUUUGGUUGGCAGACGCGGACCAGCCCAAGCAGCUUGCACUGCGAAGGAGCUACGAGAAAUUCUUGGCACAAAAAAAGUACAGAUUCACAUCAAGGAAGAAGAUUUACAUAAAAGCCCCGAAGAUGAGGAAGAGCUGAAGAACAGCCGUAUCAGAAAGAGGGUUUAUGAGUUGCUCUCCAAAGCUGCCACCACGGGACCUUCCCUUCCUAGUUCUGGUCAACGUGAACUUCACUUUGUGUUCUUCCGGAAGCCUGAUAGCUUUUCUGAGUCAGCUGAGUACCCAGGGCACGUUUCUGGUGUACACUUAGAGAAGACGGUUCUCAAAGGUGUUGGCAGUGGGAAGCAGAUUGCCGUUGGCAGCGGUCAGUUUGAGGACAUUGAGUGCGGUAUGGUUCUGAAGAGCGUUGGCUACAAAUCAGUGCCUGUACCCGGUUUACCAUUCGAUCAUAAGAACGGUGUGGUUCCAAACGAUGGAGGCCGGGUCAUCAGCGAUACUUCCGGAGACCCUGAACUAAUCGAACAGGGCUUGUACGUAUGCGGGUGGUUAAAGAGAGGGCCAACAGGCAUCAUUGGGACAAACCUGCACUGCGCAGAGGAAACUGUGGCAAGCAUAUCGCACGACCUUGAACAUGGCUUGAUAGCAUCACCGCCUACGUCAAUGAAGCCCGGCAGAGAAGGGCUCCUCCAGCUGCUCGACGACAGGAACGUGAGAGUUGUGCCGUUCAGCGGUUGGGAGAAGAUAGACUGUGAAGAGAGGCAACUCGGGAGUCUGAAAGGCAAGCCCAGGGUGAAGUUAGGCAGCUGGGAGGAUUUACUGAAAGUUGCAAUGUAGUUUCAGUUUUUCGUCUAUACUUCCAAAACUUCAGUGUUAUACAUUUUGAUGGAUAACAUACAAUCAUUUAGUAACGACCAGUUGUAUCGGUUAAGUCAUGCGUAUUAGAUCGGGCUUAUCGUACGAUAUUGUAAUGACUUUUUAUGCUGUUUUCGUACCAAUUUGCAAUGGUAUUCCAUUUGUAAUACUAUCGAUUAAACAACACGAUUGUGUCACUAAAAUUACCAUUCCACAAAACAGGAUUGUAGAAGAGAGCCAGAGAGGGGAUCUAAGUGGAAGGACAAAGAAGUUAGAGGACUGAAAUGAUAAUUAAUCAAACAACGGGCUUUUGACGAAUGUGAAUUGUUGUGAGGGCAACUCGUUGGCGUUUAAUUGGAUUCUCUUCGACUUCUUUCGUGGUCAAAUCAAGGCAACAACGGCAGAGAAGGCAAAGAUCAGGCGUUUCCUUCGGAAUCCGACCGCCGUCCCUCCUCGUCGCUGGUGAAUAAUCGUCCGGUCGAGCUAGAACGAGGAAAGGAGAAGCAUUUGAAACUGCAAUUAGUGAACUCCCAUAGCAAGGGCUGGGAGGAGUUUUCCUAUCAAAUGGGGGGAUUGAAUUGGGUCGUGGCAGUAGUUUUGCUCGGUUCACUUUUCCAAUUGCCGAUUGUGCGGGCGAAAGAGCAGCUCAGCUCGAGAGAAUGCGAGGAUCUAGGCUUCACCGGACUCGCCCUUUGCUCCGAUUGCCACGCUCUUGCUGAGUACGUCAAAAAUCAAGGUUCUUGCUUCGUUUUCCCUCUCUUCUUCUGUUUUCUAGGUUUUAGCUGUGCAUUUGCGUUUUUUUUUUUUAUGUGGGAAAGUUAGCACCUUGACUGCAGAAUUUGACCUAUAAAGUAAAGUUGAGACUUUUUGCUGUUCAUUUGUCAUUUUGAUUGCAGAACUGGUCUCCGACUGUUUGAAAUGUUGCAACGAGGACUCCGAUGAUUCCAUGAGCAAGGUAUCUGUAUAAUAACACCCAGAAGAAUUGAAACUAGUUGCUUUGAGAAUCUGAAAGGUUAUUAAUUGGACAAUUGAGUUAGCUAUUUGGAAUGUACAAAGUAUACUACCUUAGAUCAUGUUUGACAUCAUUACUAAUACCUCCAUUAGCCUUCCUUGCUGACUUCUCAUUACGAGAUAAUUUAGCUGCCUUUCCAUUGCAUUCUACUGGGUAACUAAUUUCGGGCUCGAUUUGUUUCUCUAUGCUUGUAAAUGAUACGAUUUUAACAUUGGAUUGCUUGUGAUUGCUCUAUGGUGUAAUCCUCUCCAAUUCCCAGUUUCGAGAAACUCUUGCCCUUAUAGAAAAGGGAGGUAUGCGACAUUCAAGAUUCUGUAAUACAAUGCCAUUCAGUAAUUUUGAUCUCUAAAAAGUGAAACUAACGUGUGAAACCCUCUAUGACUAUCCUUCUCAUUGGGUUUCUGGUCUCUUUUAGUCGCCAUUGUCUUUUUGUUUUUUGUUUUGCUCGGGAUUUCAGAGAUCGGCAUUUCGUAUUUUACGCUUAGGAUGCACUUCAUGUGUUUUAGGUUACAAUGUUUUGAAUGUCUACUUGGUGCUUGUGGUAAGUGUAGCCAGGGAGAGUUAACCUGAAAUUUGUGAUCGUAGGUUACCUACUCUGGUGCAGUACUGGAGGUUUGCAUGAGGAAAUUGGUUUUCUAUCCUGAGAUCGUUGGCUUCAUUGAGGAAGACAAGGACCAGUUCGGCAGUGUUAAAGUUCAAUAUAGUUUCAACUCUCCACCAAAGUUGAUCUUGCUGGAUGAUGAAGGCCAACAUAAAGAAACCAUUAGGUAAGGUUUGGUUUUAUCAUUAGUUUUUCCUAGCCCUCUUUAUUUUCCAUAUAAUAAAGAUGAAACUGUGGG